CGUGCACAUAAUGGGAUAUGGCCAAACGUGGUUGUUUCGAUACCCCGCGCCGCUCCAUGAUGCGGCGGUGGGUGUGGAGCGGGAGUAUUCGCGGCAGCCUUCGUACUAUGACAUGGAUGACAUGACGGACGAAGAACACACCAACACAGUGGCGGCAGUCAUCAACCGCGACAAGGACGUGGCGGCAUUCAGCAUGACGUCGAUCGCUCACGACAGGAUCCUCGUGACCACGCCGUGGACGGUAUGUGAACUCCAAUACCGUAACGACGACGACCAGUUCCAUUUCUCCCCGCUCGGUCUAACCAAGGAAUCGACGCCGACGGCGCUGGACUACGCCAUGUCCAACGCGACCAUGCCGGCCGACUCGUCAUUGCUCGCAUGUGAUGUUCUCCAUCUGUGGUCGUCGCGAUCGGCAUUGGUGCUUCUGUACCAGGAACCUCGCGGCGGCCGAUGUUGGUUGACGUUACAACCGUUUUCGACGGCCACGCCGCCAGACCAAAGUUCGACCCAGAUUCUGCGACAGCGCUUCGAGCAAACCUCCGUCCCCCUCAAAUCUGUCACGGUCACGGUUCGCAAUGGCCAAGGCCGUCAUUUCCACGGCGUGCUGCUCUUUCGCACAGAUUCCGUCGUCGCAUGCGGCUACAUUCAAGACACCAACGACAGCAACCAUGUGCAGGCAGAGCAGCUCUCGACGGACGCAUUCGCAUCGUUCUUUCCGCAUCUCGUAGACUGCCAUGGUGUGACAGCGUAUCACACGACGACCGCCACCAGCCCAGCAUCCGACACGAACGAGACACCCACCACCAUUCGUUUCCUCGCGCUAGGCUGUGCCAAUGGAGUGCUGCGGGUGAUGGCUGGCCCUGCCGCAGUCGACGGGUUCGAGGCGGUCGCGUGCACCAAGCAAUUCGAAUUGGACGGACCUAUUUCGUCGCUGCACCUGUUCAACGUUGCCGACACCAUCGACAGAUCUCCAUAUACAUGCGACGUGGUUGUGAACAGCAGCAUCGGGUACGCCGUCGUGUACCAUCACCCGUUUGACGUGGCAUGUCGACCCAUCAUAUUGCCAGAGUCCGACCACUACGACAGCCUCCUCUGCUGCGUCUCUGCCGACAUUGACAUGGAUGGCCGGCCUGAGCUCUUACUAGGCACGUUUAGCAAUGCGUUGAUCGCGUACGCAUCCCCCGACACUCCAAGUGGAACAUGGAGCGUCCUCCCCAAGCCUGCGUGGGACUUCUUCUUCUUCGGACCCGUGUACUCGAUCCUGUGCCAAGACAUGAACGGCGACGGCGUCGACGAGCUCGUCAUCGCGUCCACCGACGGCAUCCACGUGCUUGAACCCGAUUGCGACCAAGUGCUUGAGAAGCUCAAGGCCGUGCUGGUCGCGCUGCAGCAGCAAGACCAGUAACCUCGCCACUUCUCCUCCUUCACUCACCAUGUCGCAGAGUUCACCACAUCGCAGUCGUCCCACAAAGUACAGGGCUCGAGUCCUCUGUGAUACAGUGUUGUGCCAUACUUUUCCAUUGAAUACCACAACCCGUCCAAGUGUAAAUGGUGUUUGAAUCCAUGUAUUAAUAAUAAGUAAC